UAUACCUAAUAUAUAUGUACUUAAUGAUAGUACAGAUUUCUCUAAAAACAGACUUAAAAUUAAAGUCAAAUCUAAAAAAAAAUGUAUGUCAGUAGAUAAAUGUGUAUUGUGUCUAGGACAAACCAAGAGUAACAUGAAAACAAACUUUUGCUAAUUGAUUUUUCUUACUCGCUGCUUCUCGAAAUAAAUGAAAAGAAAAGGAAGAGUAAAACAUAAAUCAUGGAUCAUUAUGCUCUCGCUAAUCUAAUUCGACGGUUUGCUUUCAUUUUCAAUUUCAAUGUCAAUUUAACUUGAAAAUUGACUUUGAGAGGAAUAUGCACAAAUACAAUUCACAACAAACGAUGGUCUGCAAGCCUGUAUUGCACACACAUAAACUUCAACUACAUAUCAAAUUGUGAAAUUUAAAGAAUCAACUAUUUUGUGGUGAUUAGAGUGUUAUUCCGCCUUAAAAUAGAAGUAAUAAUAUUGGUAGAAGCAUGGACUGAAGAUGUUUGAGUGGCGGUGACUUAAAAUAUUUCAUUUUUUAUAGCGAGAAGAUGGAGAGUACAUCUCGUCAAUUUGUUCAAGUUAGAAGUUCAUAGAAUCAAUCUUAGCGUGGGUACACCAACUAGGCUUGCUGAAAUUUAAGUCCAAGCAAGCGAAAUCCAAUAAAUUAAACUUUGGAAUGCAUGUAGGUUAAUCGAAGGGUCUGUCGGUCUCAGCCUCUAUCAGCGAUGUUGGGUCAUUUUAGACCUCUGAUAACCGAUGAUGCGGUUCGAUUAAAUAACAUGCCUAAUAUUUGUCACAAGGUGAAUAAUUAUGGUUAUGCAAAUGUAUUUAGCCAAAAACAUUGUAGCAAAAGGUUGACACUUUGUAGCUAUUUUUUUAUUAGCUAUUAAAUUAAUCAGAAGGUGAAAUUUGAUUGUGAAAUAUUAUGGGCCAUAGUGCUCGACUUUUUGCCAGUCCAAGCCUCGAAGGCCUAAGCCCACGCAAUUCUGUCGUGUUCCCUGAUCGUGGCGCGUGCGCAAGAAAUAAAUGCCUGACUCGGGGAGACUGAUAGACAGAGUGGGUGCGAGACACUCGCCUGCCCGCUCUCCUUGUCCCAUUAAAACUGCAGAAUUCUGAAAUCCUACUGGCGUUUACUUCGCCGAGAAGGCGAAGAAGAAAGAAGGAAGAAAAAAAGAAGGCAUCCUAACAAGAAAGAAAAAAGGAAAACAGAAAACCCAUACCAGGAGGAGUGAAGAGAGUGAGAGUUUUCCAGAUUGUCUGCAAUGGAGGAGGUUUCGUCGCCAACUUCUCCGUGUGGCUCCGCACAAUCUUGUCCGGUUUCACAGUCUCCGUUCGCCGUCCUCCCUGUAGCGUCGCUCAAGAACAGAAUCGUCGAGAAAAUCAGGGAAAAUCGCGUUACUCUCAUAGUCGGCGAGACUGGCUGCGGGAAGAGCUCUCAGGUUCCGCAGUUUCUCCUGGAGCAAGACAUGGCUCCUGUUCUAUGCACACAGCCGAGGAGAUUUGCUGUUGUUGCUGUGGCAAAAAUGGUUGCGCAAGCUCGUAACUGUGAGCUGGGAGGAGAGGUUGGAUAUCACAUAGGCCAUUCAAAGGUCUUAUCAACCACGUCAAAGAUUGUGUUCAAGACUGCUGGAGUCUUGCUUGAUGAAAUGCGGGAUAAAGGGUUUAAUGCACUCAAGUACAAGGUCAUCAUUCUUGACGAAGUGCACGAAAGAUCUGUUGAGUCUGAUCUUGUCCUUGUCUGUGUGAAGCAGUUUCUUCAAAGGAACAAUGAUCUAAGGGUUGUUUUGAUGUCUGCAACUGCUGAUAUUGGAAGGUAUAGAGAUUAUUUUAGAGAUCUUGGCAGGGGAGAAAGAGUUGAAGUGCUUGCCAUUCCUAGCCCUGAUGAACAAUUUGUUUUCCAGAAAAAGGUGUUAUAUCUCGAACAGAUUACAAGGUUACUUGGAUUCAGUUCAGAAUCCCUAGCUUCCAGAUAUUGUUCCGGACCCAGUCCUUCAGUGGCUGGUGCUGAUAUGAAGCCUGAUGUACAUAAAAUCAUCCACGAUCUUAUUCAGAACAUUCAUCAAAUUGAUCCAGAUAUUGAAAAGGGGAUUUUGGUUUUCCUUCCAACUUACCGUGACUUGGAGCAGCAGUGGUAUCUCUUGAAGCCAUUCACUCACCUUUUCAAAGUUCAUGUUCUACAUAGUAGUAUUGAAACUAGUGAAGCUCUUCUGGCUAUGAGAAUCUGCAAGUCCCAUCGAAAGGUUAUAUUGGCCACUAACAUUGCCGAGUCAUCCGUGACAAUACCCAAUGUUGCUCAUGUCAUCGAUUCAUGUCGAUCUCUACAAGUUUUCUGGAGCCCUACAUUGAAAAGAGACUGUACAAAGCUUGUUUGGGUUUCUAAGUCUCAGGCUGAUCAACGCAAGGGGAGAACUGGUCGAACUUGUGAUGGUCAGAUAUAUCGGUUGGUCCCAGGAUCUUUUUUCGGUCAACUAGAGGAUUACGAGUGUCCAACUAUACAGAAGCUAUCAUUGCGUUUGCACGUGCUUCUGAUUAGCUGUGCUGCAGCAAGGACUAUAAAUGAUCCCAAGGGCUUACUACGCAAGGCUUUGGAUCCUCCCAGUCCCGAAGUUGUUGAAGAUGCUUUAACUUUGCUUGUUAGAGUGAAGGCUCUUGAUAGAACUAAUCCAAGUGGUCGAUGCGUGCCAACGUUUUAUGGGCACUUACUUGCCAGCUUCUCCCUGACAUUUGAUGCUUCAGUUCUUAUUGUUAAGCUUGGGAGCAUUGGAAUGCUGCGGGAGGGUGUGCUUUUGGCUAUUUUGAUGGACACUGUGCCUGUACCAAUUCUUCGACCUUUUGGAGAGGAACAUCUGUAUAAGCAAUAUACUGGUGGCGAUUAUGGUGGUGAUUGCAGCAGUAAAGUCAAAAUGGGUCCAAAGGAGAUGGAAUUGCUCGGGAACUUAAAUGCAUAUCAGUUCUGGCAACGUGUUUUCAGGGAUAAGCACCGGAUGGAACGAUUGAAGCACAUCUCGAAAUCAAAGGGGACGGAAGGCUUGAUUUCCCUGUUUCCAGCGAUGGAAGAAGAGUGGUGCUCAUUCCAUAACCUUGUAAAGGAAUCAUUACAUCAUGUAUCAGAGAGAUAUGAGGAUAUAAUGACUUCGCUGCAUCGAUUUCGGCCAAAAUUUCUCAGCCAAUGCGAUGGCCUACCAGUUUAUUAUGAGCCUCAUCAAUACGUUCAUACCUGUCAUCCACAAUGUGAGCCACGCAGGGAUGCAGUGUUCGCUACUGCAGAAGAUGAGCACCAAGAAGAAUUUUGUGAAAUGGAAAAGUGCACUGGGGCACCAUAUGUUGCUUCUGAUCAGUUCAAAACCAUUGAAGUAGCCAGAAAUUUCUCAAAUAUUGUCAAAGAGGUGCGAGUCCAGAGCACGGAGGAGAUGCCUACAAAUCUUUCUAAUCAUGCUAAUGGUGAUUCUUCUUAUACCAAUGGGAUGGCUCUUCAAUGUGCAUAUUUUGCAAAUGGAUACUGCCACAGGGGCGAUCAGUGCUUGUUUUCUCAUUCAUCGCAAGCAAGGAGAGCUCCAUGCAAAUUCUUCUUCUCUCUGCAGGGUUGUCGCAAUGGGGAGACAUGUCGCUAUUCUCAUGAUUCUGGACAACCACUCUCAUCAUUCAUUUCAACCCCAUGCCCCCCUGAGGACGAUGGAGCCGAUGCUGGAUCCCUUUUACGACUGUUUCCAACGUUUUCCUGCGAUGGAUUCGUUCUACUAUUAGACGACCCUGAUUUGCGCCUAACUUCGAAUUUGACUUCUCACUAUGAUCCGUCGAGAAUAAUUUCCACGACAAGCAUGUCAAACACCUCCAUCUACGACCCAGCGUUGCGAGGCGUUCGAAUCCUCUGGGGACUCAGCAACCCCCAUGAGACGUUCAUUUCUGAUGGCAGGUGGGAUGAUGAGGUCCCAUGGAGCGCAGUCGAGUGCAUUCUGUGGUCCCCCAACUUGGAAACGUACGACGUGAGCUGGGAGAAGCAGCAAGUUGUUGUGCAGGAGUUGUUUGAGCGUCUAGCCGUCCGAAUUUUAGCCGAUGACUUGUGCGAAGCACGACUGAUCCUCAUCAUCAACAAUAUCAAAUUCUCUCAGCUGCAGGUGGAAAAGCUGGGCAGAGAAUGCUUCUUCUUCCUGAGGGAGUCAUUCCCUUUGGACGAAGGAACGUUUGGGAAGAUCCCUGGAUCGGUUGCGAGCCAGAAGGCGAUGGUGGUUUACAAGACGGUGGCGUACGUGUUUGAGAUGUGCCCGCCCAGCCAUGUUGAAUUGGGCGAUUACAGAGCUGCAAUCAGGAAGGGUUUAUGGGGCAUAGACGAUAGCCGCAGCAGAAGCUCUUCCACAUUGGAUCUGCGCGGCCUCAAUGGCGUCGUGAGGGGUUUGAGGCUGUAGCUGCCUUGACUAUGAAGACUAGCAGCUGCAGAGCCUGGAUGGUACACUACACACUUACUUGCCAACCAAACCAGUUGUUUUGCACAGAGAUUUUGGCUUCUUAGAGAGAGAUCUUGCGCCCGCAGAUGUCUGCAUAAUCUUGGGUUGAAUGGUUGAACCGUAGUUUCUUACUGAUUCAGCGUUCUACUUACCAACUUUGCCAAGCCUGAAGCUUGCGGGGUUAAAAGUUACAUCUUUUCCGGUUUUCGUGAUAAGGACUUGAAUGGUAUUACUUGUGUUGCGCUGAUCCAACGGCAAGGGACUUGCGUUGCAUUUGAUAACCACAUGACACGAAUGACGUCCCAAAACGCGUUCCGGAAGGUUUAUUACCUUAUAUUUGGCACAUAUACCACGGACCACUAAUAUCAGCCACUAGAUUAAUUUAGAGAGAAUGAAGGGAAAUAGCUUUAAAACCCAAAUACUUAACAACAAGUUUCUUAGCAUUUUGGCCACUAGAUCAACGAUGGUUAAAGAUAAAGGGAAAUAACUUCGAGAAAGACAAUUAAGGUAUUACUAUUUAAUAAAAUUCUAUUAACACU